AUGUCCAAAAUUGAUGACUUUGGCUACAUCUCUGUAACAACAUCCAACUAUACAUCAACUCACCUCACAGCCUUUCUGCUGACUGGAGUCCCAGGGUUAGAAGACUCCCAAAUCUGGAUGUCCAUUCCCUUCAGCUUCAUGUACCUUUUGGCCAUGAUAGGCAAUGGCCUGGUUAUGGCAGUGGUGGCCUGGGACAGAAGCCUCCAUGAACCCAUGUAUCUCUUCCUUGCCAUGCUGGCAUUCAAUGAUGUCCUCCUUUGUACUGUCACAGUGCCCAAAAUGCUUCUCAUCUUCUGGCAGGGCCCUUCCCCAUCCACGUUUCCUGCAUGUCUUACACAGAUGUUUUUUGUUCAUGCUUUGUUCCUUUCUGAAUCUGCUGUUCUACUGGCCAUGGCUUUUGAUCGCUAUGUGGCUAUAUGUGCACCCCUCCACUAUGCAACCCUACUUACAGGCUCUUUCAUUAGCAAGGUGGCCCUGACUCUGGUGGUUCGGAGUGUGGCUGUAGUUACCCCUGGUGUCCUCCUCAUUCUCCGUCUGCACUUCUGCCAGAGCAACAUCAUCCGCCACACCUACUGUGAGAACAUGGGCAUUGCCAAGUUGGCCUGCAAUAGCAUUACCCUUAAUAGCAUUUAUGGGCUCACUGCUGCUCUUCUCACCACAGGGGUGGACUUUGUUUUCAUUUCCCUGUCCUACUGGGUAAUCCUGAGAACAGUCUUCCGACUACCUUCUAGGGAGGCCCGAACAAAGUCCUUUGGAACCUGUGGAGCACAUAUAUGUGUCAUCUUGAUAUUUUAUACUCUGGCCUUCUUUUCUUUCUUUACCCAUCGCUUUGGAAACCAUGUGCCCAGGCAUGCCCUUAUCCUCCUGGCAAACCUCUACUUACUGGUGCCUCCUACCAUGAACCCCAUUAUUUAUGGGAUAAAGACAAAAGAGAUAAGAAUGCGAGUACUAGAGCUCUGUAACCAACCAAAAUGA